GAUGGGGACGAGUUUGAGAUGGGAUGGGGUGGGGAUGGGACCUCGUGCCGUGGGUCACAAUAGGGACAGGUGCUUUGUGUCACCGCCGGCGGCGCCCCACACCACGGGUGUCUCCUGCCCCGAUGUCCCCUGGAAGUCCCCUCUCUGGGCUCCGUGGUUUUGAUGGCUGUGGGUCUGGGGAGGGAUGCUGGAGCUCUGCCAGCUCUGCGUGACGUGGUCGGUGCAUUUCCCGUCCCGGCCGACGGCCUUGAGCAGAUCCACACCGAGGGCCGUGGGGACAGAGCACCCAUCUGUGUCCUUUGGGUCAUCGGGUGGGGGACACCACAGGGUGCAUCUCAAAGCCAAGAGGAGAGCUGGGACACGAGGGACCCAAAGCGGGGACCCGCAGCUCUGCGCCCUGUGCAGCGCAUCCCCAGAAAAACACCACCCCGAUGCCAAAAACCCCAUUAAUGCCCGUUCCAGCCCACACCGGAGCUGCCAAUGCAUUUCAGGGCUGCAACUGAGGAGAAGAAUCUGCCCACCGGCCCCUGUGCCCCCCAGUGGGGCUGAGGCACAACCUCAGGGUCUGUUCCCCACAGGAGCUGCCCCCACGCCGUAGAUUGAGGACCCUCUGCCCCCACUCAUCGAUUCAUGCCUGUCUCCGUGCUGCUCUGCAGCUCUCUCUGUCUCAGUUACAGCCCUGCUGGUGCUAAUUGAGCUCUCGUUAAUAUUUUAUGCCCUCUAAGUGCAGCCCUGACAGCUCGCGGGGCUGUCCAUCCCCAUGUCCCCUCAGUGUCCCCAGGAGUGCAGGGCUGUCCCUGGCUGCGGGAUGAGGUGUGGGGAAUUGGGUGACCAGCAGUCCCACGUGGGGAGUGGGCCCUUCUCAUGGGGCCCAUGGGUGCCCUAUGGGGCCGCUCAGCUGCCGGGGGAUCCCAUGGCUGAGGGUCCCCUGGGACACAGCGUGGCAUGGGGACACAGCUCCAUCCAGGCAGCGACGGGACGCCGCAGCCAUAGGGCAGCACAGGAGUUUGGGGACGUUUGCAGUGAUGGCCGCUGUGGGUCCUCCUUAAAGUUGUGGUCCUGAGAGGUGGUGGGGCAGGGGAAGUGGCAUCCAGCAGCUCGGGGACAGGGUGAGCGGGUGGCACUCAUCCCUGCCCUGGAGAAAUGGGGGACGCAUCUGCUGCUUGGGUGCCCACUCCUGGGGGUGUCCAUUCUUUGGGGUGCACAGGACCCCCGGGAUGGGGUUGGGAGCAGCUCCGUUCCAUCCCAGGCCGCCCCAUCUGCAAUGAUCAGCAGUGACAAACUGCUCAUGACAAAACCAGCUGCCCUUACGCUUCGCGGCCCAGUGACAAAGCCUCAGCUCCAGCCAAGGAUGGGAAACGUGAGAGCCGGCCCCAUAUCCCCAUGGCUGUGGGGCUGGAAUUGCUGGGCUGGGGGGCACGCGGUGAUGCCAUGGGUGCCGUGUGCGCCGCGCAGCUCCGGGCGCGAACGUCCGCCUGCGGUCAUCGCCACGUGGGCGCCGGCCACAGCCACAGGGAUGGGGGGAGAUGCUUUUAAGCUAAUCCUGCCCCUAUGUGUGGGAUCCGGCCACGUCCCUCCUCCCAAUCUGGCACAUGGAGCCGGGGCUGCGUCCUCACUGCGCGCAGGGAUGGGGGUUUGGAUGCACCCCCUCCCCCCCCCCAGCACGGGAUGGAGCCCAGCUGGCAGCACGCGCUGCUCCAAACGAUGAGCACGUGGGGGUUGGUGGCUGCUGCCCCGGUGGCUCUCGGCCCGGUGACGCAGAGGGGACGGUUAAUCCCGGCCAGCUGGAGGGCUGGGGCCUCAGCACCCCAUGGGACACCCCACAUCUGUGGCCUCUGGGUGGGGGACCUGCGUUAGGGUCAGGAUCGGCGUUAAGGUUAGGGCCAGGGUUGGCGUUGGGGUCAGAAUCACCGUUAGGAUCAGAGUGAGAGUUCUGGUCCCUAACGCUCCCCUGAUCCCCGCAGAGCCCGGUGGGGGCAGCACCAAGAUCACGCCAUGGAGCCCAGUUUGGAGGGCGCCUGAGGCCACCAGGAUGGAGUGGGGGGACACGGAGCCCCCCAACGUGAGCCUGGCCAGCCAACCCCACACCUGCUUCGGGGUGGUGAACCUCAGCCUCAGCCUCAAUGUGACGCAGCCCAAAGCCAUCGCCUCGCCGUGGUUCUCCACUGCCUUCGGCCUCAUCGGGCUCUGCUCCAACCUCUUUGCUCUCUAUGUGCUGCUCAGCUCCUCCCGUCAGCUCAGCAGCCGCUCGCGCUCCUCCUUCCUCGUCUUCCUCUGCGGCUUGGUGGUGACAGACUUCAUGGGGCUGCUGGUGACCGCCGCCGUCAUCAUCCCGUACCACUUCACCAAGUUCAACUGGACCCAGGUGGAUCCCGGCUGCCACCUCUGCAACUUCCUCGGCUUCUCCAUGGUGUUCUUUGGGCAGUGCCCGCUGCUCCUGGGCGCCACCAUGGCCGGCGAGAGGUUCGUGGGCAUCAACCGGCCCUUCUCACGCUCCACCUCCGUCUCCAAGCGCCGCGCGUGGGCCAUCGUGGCCACGGUGUGGGGCUUCUCCUGCGCCCUGGGGCUGCUGCCGGUGCUGGGCUUGGGGCGGUACACGCUGCAGUACCCCGGCUCCUGGUGCUUCCUCACUCUCCUGCCCGACGCCGGCAACGUCGUCUUCUGCCUUCUCUUCGCCCUGCUGGGCGUCUGCUCCGUGCUGCUCUCCUUCGUCUUCAACACGGUCAGUGUGGUCACCUUGUGCCGCGUUUACCACGACCGCGAGUCGGUGCAGCGGCGGCGUGACAGCGAAGUGGAGAUGAUGGUGCAGCUGGUGGGCAUCAUGGUCAUCGCCACCAUCUGCUGGAUGCCGCUGCUGAUCUUCAUCAUCCAGACCUCCCUCCAGCAGCUACGGACGGGUGACCCCCUCCACGUGCUGCCGGGACAGACGCAGCAGCUGCUGCUCAUCUACAUCCGUAUGGUCACCUGGAAUCAGAUCCUGGACCCCUGGGUGUACAUCCUGUUCCGCCGCGCGGUGCUGCAGCGCCUGCACCCGGGGCUGCGCACGCGGCCCUCCCUGCUCUCCCUUUACCCCGUCCUCAACCCCUCCCUGCGCCGCAAACUCACCCAGGAGGGGCGGCUGCAGUAGUGGGGACCCCCUCCUCUCCCCCCUCCCCCUCCUCUAUUGAUUAUGGAGGUUUUGUUCCGUUUUGGUUUUAUUGUUAUUAUUAUUGUUGUUAUUUUUCACCUUGCAGCUGCAGGAGCUGAGCGCAGCGGGAGGGACGGGGUACCCAGCAGGGCAGCCAUGGAGGCGUCCCCUCUCCCCUCUCCCCAUCCUGCUCUGUGAGCUCCUAAUAAAGCACAGCUUGUGCAGCA